CAAAAUGAAUUGGAAUGGGCUAGCCCAUCGUCAGUCCGCCCAGUUGACACCUCUAAGCACAAGUAAGACACAGCCACAACCAAGCCACGGAUCGUGACGCCACUUGCCGCCUCCAAGAACCGAAAUGACAAAUGACUGUGACCCGCAGCCUUGAAAAGCUGACUCCACCGCGCACAAUAGUUCUGUUCCACCGUGUCGUGACUCCAGCACCAACCAAAAUUCCACCGCUGUGACAACCUCUCGAGCAUCUGGAGAGACGUAAGACCAGGGCCAACCACAAGACGAUAGAGGAGGGAAGGCACGACGAAGCAAAUACGAAACCGAGGGCGAAAGAAAGAAACCCUCCGGCGACGGCACGCGCUGCCGGACGCCGGAGGUAAACUCAGAAUACGAUUUGGGUUCGAGGAGAAAGAGAGAAUGAAUCGUUCAGAACUUCUUUUUGUAAAAUUUGAAGAUAAAAAGACUGAUAAUGUUAAGACUUUGUGCAGUACAGUGCUAUUAUAUUGAUAAUGUUUUCCGUUAUAUUGUAAUACCUACUUUUUAUUUCUUCGUCAGGACUGUUUUUUUCUAACCAUGAAGGACUGUUUUGCCCGUCCAAUAGCGAGUGCACCAGAUGCAUGGUUUGAUAUGGUCGAGCGAGACUGGAACGAUGGGGAAAAAGUGAUAGAUCGAACAACAAAUAGAAGAAGGUGCCUCAAUUUGGGGUCUUACAAUUAUCUUGGAUUUGGUUCAUUCGAUGAAUAUUGCACGCCUCGUGUUAUUGAGUCUUUAAAGAAACUUUCAGCUAGUACAUGUAGUUCUCGUGUUGAUGCAGGAACUACUAGUGUGCAUGUAGAGCUUGAGGAAUGUGUAGCUAAAUAUGUGGGAAAGCAUUCUGCUAUUGUCUUUGGCAUGGGAUACGCCACAAACUCGUUUAUCAUUCCUGUUUUGAUUGGAAAGGGAGGAUUGAUAAUAAGUGAUUCUUUGAACCAUAGUUCAAUUAUUAAUGGUGCUCGAGGUUCUGGAGCCAAUAUCCGUAUUUUCCAACACAACACACCUUCUCACUUGGAAAGAAUACUGAGAGAAGAAAUAGCGGAAAGACAAACCAAAACACACAAACCCUGGAAGAAAAUUAUUGUUAUCGUUGAAGGUAUUUACAGCAUGGAAAGGGAGAUUUGCAAGCUUCCCGAGAUUGUGUCGAUAUGCAAGAAGUACAAGGCAUAUGUUUAUUUGGAUGAAGCUCAUAGCAUUGGAGCCAUUGGGAAUACAGGAAGAGGUGUUUGCGAACUUCUUGGAGUUAAUACGGCUGACAUGGACAUAAUGAUGGGAACCUUCAGUAAAUCGUUUGCCUCUUGUGGUGGAUAUAUUGCCGGCUCGAAAGGAGCUAUCCAAUAUUUGAAGCACCACUGCCCGGCUCAUCUUUACGCAACAUCAAUUUCAACUCCUUCCGCACAACAAAUCAUAUCGGCCAUAAGAGUUAUCCUUGGAGAGGACGGUUCCAACAGAGGGGCACAAAAGCUAGCAAGAAUACGAGAGAACAGCAAUUAUUUUAGGUCUGAGCUACGGAAUAUGGGAUUUAAGGUACUUGGAGACGUUGAUUCUCCAGUCAUGCCAAUAAUGCUUUACCAUCCAGCUAAAAUCCCAGCCUUCUCUAGGGAAUGCUUGCGAGAAAAUGUUGCAAUCGCCGUGGUCGGUUUCACAGCUACACCUCUAAUGCUAGGAAGGGCUCGUAUUUGCAUAUCCGCAUCUCAUUCAAAACAAGAUCUUAUUAAAGCCUUAGAGGUUAUAAGCAAAGUAGGUGACCUUACAGGAAUCAAAUAUUUUCCUGCAGCUCCAAAGAAGCAAGAAGAGGAGAAAGAUACCAUCAAACCGGUUUAGAAAUUUUAGAAUCGCAAUAUGUUGCUCUAUCUGAUAAUAUUCAUGCACAAAGAACAGGUCCGGUUCGAUCUGAUUUCAUAAUAAUGUUAGCAAAAUUGCAGCCUCCACGAAAUUAAUCCAACUGAAUCCUAAGAGGUCUUUACUUCAAUUCUCUAUACCAACAUUCAACUUCUAUUCCACAAAAAAAAAAAAAAAAAA